AUGGAUCCUGAGAAUGACCCCGAGAAAGCUUCCGAGAAGACUUCCACGACAUACGCUGACGCUGAAUAUCUCGUAGCAUUUACCGUCCCCCAAGAUCCUACCAACCCAAAAUGCUGGCCGACCUACCAGAAAUGGCUCACUACGCUCGUUCUUUCAUCCACCGGAUUCAACCGAAUUGCUGUAUCCACGAUUAUGGCACCUGCACUUCCCAUAGUCGCAUCUGAGCUCCACAUGACUUCCCUUGAGUCUGUUAUGGCUAUGUCCGUUUACUUACUCGCCACAGCCUUUGGUCCCUUACUUAUUGGUCCGCUAUCUGAAUUAUAUGGACGACGCGUUGUGUUACAUACGACCAAUAUAUGGUUCCUGAUAUGGAAUAUUGUUUGUGGAUUUGCGCACACGAAGGGGUUAUUGAUUGCUGCAAGAUUGAUGGCCGGUCUUGGUGCUAGUGCUAUUUAUGCUUUAGGAAGUGGAGUUCUAGGAGAUGUUUGGAGAUCUGAUGAGAGAGGAAGAUCGCUGGGGAUUUAUUCCUUGUUACCACUGCUUGGUGCAGCUGCUGGUCCUAUUAUUGGAGGUUACAUCACGGAAUAUACGAGCUGGAGGUGGAUGUUUUGGUCAACAUCAAUUUUUCAGGCGAUAAUGAUCGUGAUAUCGAUUCCUUUGUUUCGAGAAACUCAUGGUCCGACAAUUCUUCGGCAUAAAGCUAAAGAGCUCAGGCUCAGUACCGGGAAUUCGCGUUAUUACACAGAGGAUGAGGCACUUAGGAAAGGAAGAUCAGUGUCCUGGGUAUUGAUGAGAAGUUUUUCUAGACCCAUUCGUUUACUUCUAUUCCAUCCAAUUAUUCAAGUCCAGGCUUGUCUUUCGGCUUUCGAUUAUGGCAUCGCCUAUAUUACUCUUUCCACCUAUUCCGAUAUUUGGACUGGAGAAUACCACGAGUCUAUCUCCAAAAGUGGCCUUCAUUAUCUUGCCAUGUGCCUUGGAGAAAUAGUGGGAGCACAAAUUGGAGGGCCAUUAUUAGAUCUCGUCUUCCGCAGAAUGAAACAACGCGCAGAUGGUGUCGAGAUGCCGGAAUUUCGGGUUCCGAUCAUGAUACCAGCAUUCGUCCUCAUACCACUUGGGCUUCUAGUGUAUGGGUGGGCAGCUCAAAAGCAUGCACCUUGGAUAAUCGUCGACCUUGGAGCUUUUGUAUUAUGUUUUGGUAUGCAGAUUGGUGGACAAGCAUUGCAAGCAUACGUUAUCGAUUCAUAUCCAGACCAUACGAGUUCAGCAUCUGCUGCAUCACAAUUUCUGCGCAGCUUGACUGCUUUUGGUUUCCCUUUGUUUGCGCCGAAGAUGUAUCAAGUGUUGGGGCAUGGGUGGGGAAAUAGCACAUUGGCGUUUGUUGCUAUUGCCAUUGGCAUAACAGCACCGUUGGGUAUAUGGCGGUACGGUCCAAGAUUAAGGGCGAAAGCUUUGUCGAGUUAUUGA